AUGGCGAGGAUUCACCGUAGCAGAGGGCGCCGCGGCGGCCGACAAGCCAACCCGCGGGUCGAUCAGGCGCGGGGCUCCGGCGGCAGCGGGCGAGACGAGGCGAACCCGAGCGGCGCUGAGGCUGGGAACCGCAACGGGCACGACUACGACGACCACUCGCGCGUCGGCCAGAGCCAGCCCACCGAUCCGCGCCAAGCCGGGCCACCCCUCGCGGAGGAGCCCGCCGCGCUGCUGUGGAAGGAGUUCGAGGUGCUCGGCAUCCACGUCCGCCGCGCCAAGCCCGUGUUCCCGCCGCGCCCAGGGUACGGCGCCGCAGGGACGCCGUGCGUCGUCAGGGCCAAUCGCUUCCUCGGCCGUCUCGUCGACGAGGACCUGAAGUCCCUGCACCAGUACAACGUGACCAUUUCGCCAGAGCCGACGACCAAGGGCGCGUACAGGGAGGUCAUGACGAAGUUGGUGUCCGAGAACCAGCACACGGAGCUCGGCGGCCGCUUCCCGGCGUACGACGGCUGUGACUCGCUCUUCACCGCGGGCGCGCUGCCGUUCGGCACCAAGGAGUUCGAGGUCACCCUCUCUGCAGGCGGCGACAAAAGGAUGGACAGGAAGUACAAGGUGGUGAUCAAUCAUGCCACAGCGGUCAGCCUGCUGCAGCUGAGGAUGCUGUUGGCGGGCUACCCCACUGACAUCCUAGCGCAGGCGCUGCAGGUCCUCGAGACCGUGCUGGGUGACGUCCUCUUCAACGAACGGGACAUAGAACGCGUCCCGAUUGGCACCAAUGGUCAUACACUGGGUGUUGAGGCAUGGAAGGGGCUCUAUCAGAGCACCAGGUCAACACAGGACGGCUUGUUUCUGAUUGCAGACGUGUCCUCAUCAGUUUUCGUUCAACCCCUGCUGCUGAUUGACUUCGUUCAGAAGACCCUAAAGAUAGAUAUCGUGGAUAGGAACUUGACUGAACCUGAGUAUGAUAAGCUCUUGAAGGCCCUCAGGGGUGUGAAGAUUGAAGUCACACACAGAGGUAAUAAACGCCGUAGGUACAGAAUUACUGGCUUGUCAGUGAAGCCUAUUAAUGAUUUGAGUUUUGAAUCAACGAGUGGAGCUACAAAGACUGUCAUUGAUCACUUCAGAGAAAGGUACAACCUGGACCUGAAAUACAAAUCUCUCCCAUGCAUCGAUGUUGGCAGUGAGCAGAAGCCAAUUUAUCUUCCUAUAGAGGUUUGCAAGAUAGUUCCCAGGCAGUGUUACCAGAAAAAGGUGGAAGACAGUCAGGUUUCUACUCUAAGAAAGUCAGCCUCCAUCCAGCCUGAACCGGAGCAAUCCAGUCGUCAGGUUGUUGACCGCAAACGCACUAAACGUGCAAAUGAAUUUGGCAUAGAAUUUGAUGACAAUCUUACAACAACAGUUGAUGCUAGAGUUCUGCUGCCUCCAAAUCUUAAGUAUCAUGAUUCUGGAUCUCAGAAAACGUGGUUUCCAAUGAAUGGGUACUGGAAUAUGAAAGACAAGAAAGUAAUAAAUGGUGCUAAGAUCAGCAACUGGGCAUGUGUCAAUUUUUGUGAAGAUUUAUCCAAGAAAGUUAUUGUGGAGUUUUGCUUUAAGCUGGCUGAAAUGUCUCGCAUUACUGGAGUGGACUUCGCCAAUUUGAAGCUUCCAAUAUUUACUGCACGUCCAGAUCAAGUUGAACAUGAUAUUCGUAUAUGCUAUCAGGAAGCACAGAACAAGCUCAGAGAUCAGAAGAUUGACUUACUGCUUGCUAUUCUGCCGGAUGAAAAUGGCAGUUUAUAUGGAAAUAUUAAAAGAAUCUGUGAGACAAAUAUUGGUCUCGUGGCACAGUGUUGUCCAAGGUCAAAUGUCUUCACGAAAAGUAAUCAGAUAUUGGCAAGUAUGGCUAUUAAGAUCAACGCCAAGGCUGGAGGAAGGAACUCAGUAUUUGAUGAUGUACGGGAGAGUUUACCGGUUGUUUCAAACAAGCCGACAAUUAUAUUUGGUGCUCAUGUUUCUCAUCCUUCUGCUAAAGAUGAUUCUGCUGCCCCUUCUAUUGCUUCUGUCGUUGCAUCCCAAGACUGGCAUGAGGUGUCUAAGUAUAUUGGUGUUGUUCGUGCACAAGGUCACUGUGAAGAGAUCAUCAGUGGCCUUGAAGACAUUGUCAAGGACCUCCUUCAUGCAUUUGAAAAGGAGUCCAACAAGAAGCCCCAGCAGCUGAUAUUCUACAGGCUUGGAAAGCACUGCACAGUGGUUGAUAGCGAGAUCUGUCAUCCAGCAGAAUUUGAUUUCUUCCUUUUCAGCCAUGCUGAGAUGAAAGGCGCAAGGCGUCCUGUGCAAUACCUUGUGCUGCGAGAUGACAACAACUUCAAAGGAGACGAACUGCAGGCUCUCACAAAUAACCUGUGCUACACUUAUGCAAGCGGCACUCAGUCGGUAUCAAUUGUUCCUCCCGCAUACUACGCCCAGAAGCUCACACAGCGUGCCCGCGUCUACCUCGCCCAAGGCUCUGACACGGCAUCAGCGUCAAGCUCCGGCAGUGCAGCUGCUCCUGGUGGUGGUCCGAAGCAACCUCCAGAGAUAAAGGAUGAGCUGAAGAGGUCCAUGUUCUACUGCUAG